AUGGCGGCAUCUGCCUUACCGGAUGGGUUCAGUGAUUUUGCCAUGUCUGCCUUUGGCACAGUGCUCUUUGUUGAGGGUCUUCUUGGAUUUUGUCUUAACGCCACUGCAGCGCUGUCUUUUCUGCUGAUUAAAGACCAAAGAACUCCCAGCAACUUCCUGGUGUUCAACCUGAACAUCUCUGACCUCAUGCUCAACAUCAAUGCUCUCAUUGGUGCCUAUGCCAGCUAUGUCAGAGUCUGGCCCUAUGGCACGGAGGGAUGCAACAUUCACGGAUUCGAGGGAUCGGUUGCUAUUUAUGCAACAAUCAGCUUUGUUGCCCUUAUUGCAUGGGACAAGUAUCACUACUGGUGUACUAAACAGGAAUUCUACUGGGCGACCUCUGGGACGAUGUGUGUGGGCGUUUGGGUGGCGUCCAUCUUCUGGGCAGCACUUCCUCUACCGUCUUUUGGCUGGGGCGAGUAUGACUUUGAGCCAAUGAGGACCUGUUGCUGUCUGGACUACACCGAAGGAGACUGGAAAUACGCCUCUUACAUGCUAACUAUAGCGUUCGUCUACCUUCUUGUUCCAUGGGGAGUAAUGCGGAGUUCAUAUGAUUCCAUCUACGCAUACUUCAAGAAGACCCACAGCUUUAAGUUCAACACCUUUAUUCCUGAGGCGACCCUGUUCGCCACCUGGGGUCCCUACUUAGUAUUGCUACUGUACUCCUGUGUAGCAGACGCAAAAACAGUGUCCCCACAGUUCAGAAUGGUGCUCCCUGUGUGGGCGAAGACCUCCACGAUAUUUAACGCUUUCAUUUACUCUUACACCAACAAAACCUACAAAGAUGGCAUCUGGAGGCUGCUUGGAGGAGGACAGAAGAUUGCUGAGAAGAACAAAACUUUUUGA